UUAACCUCAAUAUAUAAUACAGAAAAGACACCCUUCCUUUUUAAUAUUCAUUUGGAUCUCUCUCCACUCCUCUCCUCUCGUCUCUCUAUCACUAGGGUUUUGCGUCUGCUCAUUUGCAGAUAUCCUAGUUUUCACAAAAAGAGAAAAAAACUCAAAAGAGUUAUUGUUUCUUGGCUUCUUGCUACAAUGGGAGAUGCAGAAAAUGCCCUUCCACCUUCAAAGAAGAGGGCUGCUGGAAGAGAAAUUUCUCGGGAUAACCCUGGACUCGAUGAUGAGGAAGAUUCUUCUGAACAAGAGACUGGAACUUUUAAGAGGGCUAGUGAAGAAGUGUUGGCAAAUAGAAGAAUUGUCAAAGUUCGGAGAAAUCAAACCACUUCAACUGCCUCAGCGAAUCCCUUCUCUGGGAUUCGCUUGGUCCCCCUUACUGAACCAACUGCUACUCCUGCUGCACCUAGUUCAGCCCCUGAAUCUGGCACAAUCACCACUCAGGUUACAGCUGAUGCACCAAUUUCUAGUGAGAAAGAAGUUUCAGAAGAUGGGAAAAAUAAUGUUAACAAAUCUGAAAAGAGUGAGGAAGGAAAUGACCUGGAGCCGGAGAAAAAUAGUGAUGAAACUGAGCCUGAUAAUGCAAAGAGUGAAAGUGAGAGUAUUAAGCAGUCUGAAAGUAAGAAGGAUGAGCCAGUUUCUGAUGCUGUUGCUGAUAAGGAAAGUGCUGAGCAUAAGAGCAGUGUUGCUGUAAAUGAAGAAACUCAAAAGGAGGCCAAUCAUGAAAAACUGGCGGGAGUUGAGGCCAAGGAUGAAGAUAAGAAAGGUGACGAGACUGCAAAUGCUGAUAACAAAGAUAAGAGUAGUGAAAAUGCCGAUUCAACUGCAGAAGGUGCAUCAUUGAGUUCAUUCCAACAGCUUUCAAGUAGCCAGAAUGCCUUCACAGGACUCGCUGGCACUGGAUUUUCUACUUCUUCAUUCUCCUUUGGAUCUACAACAAAGGAUGGUCCUACAGGUGCUUUUGGUUUUGGUCUUUCAACAAAUGGAAAUUCAUCCCUCUUCAACACAUCAGGGACUUCAAUUGUUUCUAAGAGUGAGGGAAGUGGUUUUCCUGCCAUGCAGGAGGUUCCAGUUGAGACAGGAGAAGAGAACGAGAAAGUUGUAUUCUCUGCUGAUUCUGUGCUGUUUGAAUUCAUAGAUGGGGGUUGGAAAGAGCGUGGGAAGGGAGAACUUAAGGUGAAUGUCUCAACAGCUGGGGCUGAAAGAGCCAGGUUGCUCAUGAGAGCUAGAGGAAAUUACAGGUUGAUUCUGAACGCAAGUCUUUACCCAGAUAUGAAGCUGACAAAUAUGGACAAGAGAGGUAUCACUUUUGCCUGCAUGAAUAGUACUGGUGAAGAGAAAGAGGGUCUGUCUACAUUCGCUUUGAAGUUCAAGGACGCUUCCAUAGUCGAAGAGUUCCGUGUUGCUGUAAUGGCACACAAAGGUAACACAGCUACUGUUCUGAAGACACCUGAAAAUUCCCCUUAAGCUGCAGAAGCUUGAAAAGGUAUCUCCGUUAGAUCUGAUCUAUCCUGAACUUGCCAUUUCCAGUAGUCCUCUUUCGUUAUUGAGGAAGUAUCGUUGCUUGGGCAUAUGCUUUUAUAAUACCUAUGCUCUUGUAUGUAGCAGAGUCCGAGUCAACCGAGACCAGUUCAAUCUGUUUUUGAUUGUUAUAAAUCGUGUAUGUAGGAGAGUCGGUCAAUAGAGACCAAUCAAAUCUUUUAUCGGUUUGUUAUAAACUAUGUAGCCUGCGGGAGAAUGUUUCAACCUCUCUUGUUUUUCAUGGUUCCCGUCAUGGAAUUAAACAACUUCAUGAGCUGCCAAGCUAUCAAGAUAUGCAAUAUUUACUGUUUACUAUA